AUGACAUCCUAUUCACAAGAUCCUUUCAUGUCGUGCUGGGAACAACAGACUUCUCUUCCUUUUGAUGAUGCAUUACUUUCAGCUGUUACCACGAGUGAAUAUGAUUACUUUAUUCCGCAAGACAAUAACAACUCGAUCUUUACGCAUGCAGAUGCAUCUGCUGAGUUUUAUCCAAGUCCCAUUUACAGCCCUAUUGCUGAUGGAAGCGAAUUUUCGACCACGACGUCGUUAAUGCCACCUUCCCCACCACCUCCUCCAGCUGCUGUCAACAUGUUAGACCCUUAUUGUGCAACCAGUGCUUGUUCCCCAACUUCUUUUGGUUGCCCUGAUACCAGCUCCCAUUUUUAUCCACCACCACCACCACCACCACCACCAUCUAUCCCACCCAUGACGCUGCAGGCAGCUUAUGAUCAACAUCAACAUCAACAACAACAAGUAGCCAUGCCAACAACAACACCCAUUUUAUCCACACCACCUUCACCUAAGCGCUAUCGUAGUAGUAAAAGAUCAACCAAAAAACAACAACAACAAAAGCGUAUCACAAAGCAACAUGUCACCGGAACGUAUCAUUGUCAACAUCCAGGUUGUGGCAAAACAUUUACACGUCCUUACAAUUUGACAUCCCAUAUGCGAACCCAUACCUCCGAACGACCAUAUGCAUGUUCCCAUUGUGGACGACGAUUUGCACGUCAACAUGAUCGUAACCGACACGAGAAAUUGCAUUGGAAUAUCAAGCCUUACGUUUGUUCCAAUUGUUCCAAACCAUUUGCCCGUAUGGAUGCGCUCAAUCGUCAUCUCAAGGUGGAGAAUGGAUGUGGUAGUGCUGUGGCCGCUGUUGCUGCUGCAGCAUCAUUUAUGGUCACACAUGGCGGUGCCAUCUUUUCCCAUGGUCUUGCAUAA